CUCUCUAAAACCUUUCUCUGCUAACUUAAUGUCGCAGAAAGUGAAACGCUUUUGCUUGCUGGGGAAUUCCUGAAGCACAAGAAAGCAAAGGCUCGACUGGAAAAGGCAGGGGCUAAACUUGGCUUGCGGCCUUUCUUCCCCUACGCAUUGUUUUGCUGCUUCGGCCACAGCUACACCAGCAAAGGCUUUUCUUGUUUCACGGGCCGCGCCGCUCGUUCUUGUCGCUCGUGCGCUCCACCCUCGCCACGCUUCUCAAGACACACCCUCCCCACUCCACCACACCACCCUUCAUUGAUUUCUUCAUCCAUUCCCCCUCUCGGGAUUUUGAAGAAACCAAAGAAAUCGCGAAGGAGGAAGGAAAGAAAGAAACCCAUUUGCCUGAUUUGUUUAUGCGCCGGGCUUUGUUUAUCAGUUUUCGGCAGCAGCCAGUCCAUGUAAGACACCCCCCAUACACACGCCUUUUCUUGUUCCGCCAUUUCCUCUCCAGAACCCGAGUGCCCCGACCCCUAAAAUUUCUCCUCUGGGUUCAAUGCAUUGUGGCGAUUGAAUUCGGAAGAGGUGUCUUGUUCUGGUCCUGCUGGUGAUUUGGCUCCUAUGAGCCAUAAUCUCAGGAGGGUCGGUGGAUUACGUGUCGGAAUUGUCCGCGUUUUUGCUUUGCAUUGAGACCGAGGUAAAAAUAUUAUCUUUUUGUCCUCCAUUUGUUUAUGUUAUCCCAACUUUUGAGGCCUUUGGAGCUCUCCGAUUUGUGGUUCCUGAGACUUUUUGGCCAUCUGGGUGGUUGCUUGGAUUAGUUUUUUAUGCUGUGUGUUGGAACUGAUCUUUUUCAACACUCACAUAUAAAAAAUUUUCCUGGGUGGUCUUUUUUGGGAGCUAGAGCUUCGUACGUCGUACUUAACCCAUCUCGGGGAAUUAAUUUAUGCGAUCGUGUAGUUUUUAGUGAGGUUGGGGGAAUACCUGCUGCUGCAUACCGUGGGUUUUCCCGGCAUUAACGAGCGAAAUUUGUUGCUUGAACCCAGGGUGUUGCAGGGUGUAUAAAGUGAUUUGAGCUGCUCCAAGAAUUUGAUUGCAUUGGGGAAGGGGGGUGGCGAUCAUAGUUGGAUCUUUGAUAUGAAUAUUAGGCCAAUUGCAAGACAUGCUGGGUCAUAAUGAGGUAGAGAAUGAUCAGUUCUUUGAUUCUGCUGAGCAAUUUUCGUUACCUGAGGAGUCAGAUGUGGCUAAAGAUGAAUUAGAAUUAAGUCCAAGUGGGUUCCGGUACGGUAUUUGGUUGAACAAACCACAAAGUGUCAAAGAAAGGCGCGAUACCUUCUUGCGCGGGAUGGGUUUUGCUGAACUCAACUUUCCGGGCGUGUGUUCUGAUGAAAGUGAGAUAGAUGUGGAUAGGUUAAGUGUGUGCAGUGGAGCUGUUUCGAGCUCAUUUUUGUCCAGAACUGAUUCUCCAGAGGAAGAUUUUGUAUGCUCUAGGAAUGGACUGGAAAUUGAUGGAGUUUAUCUGGUUGAUGAAUUUGAUCAACAACAGGAGAACAAAUCAGCCGAUGUGGGGGCAGAUGGGUUUUCACAUUUAUCCGUGACAUGCAAACAGACGCCUCUUGAAAGUAAAAGGAGAAUGAAUCGGUGGUGGAAGUUUCUCAGGAACAAGAGGAACAACCACCAUGCGAUGUCUGUUUCUGAAGCAUUCAAACCAGAUCCUGAAGUACCCAGAUUGAGAAAGCUGAACACCCGACACAACAAAAAGAGGUGGACGGAGUUAUCUGCGCUCUAUGCUGGACAAGAAGUUCAAGCUCACGACGGCAUAAUCUGGACGAUGAAGUUCAGUCCAGAUGGUGAAUUCUUGGCAACCGGUGGCUCGGAUGGCGUGGUCCGGGUAUGGCAGGUCACAUCAGCAGAUGCCUCUCAUAGUUAUGUGGAUUCUUGUGAAGAUCAAAAUUGCAGCCUGGGGAAAAAUGACUUGUUGCUCCUUGAAGGAAAGAAGUCGAACCACGCCUCAGUUGUAAUGCCUGAUCAGAUCUUCUGGAUUGGCAAUACACCGCUGCAUGAGUUUCAUGCCCAUACAAGCGAUGUUCUGGAGUUGGCUUGGUCUUCUUCUAAUAAACUGCUUUCAUCUUCUAAAGACAAUACCGUUCGUCUGUGGAAAGUGGGUUGUGAUCAAUGCCUGAAUGUCUUCCGUCAUAGUAAUUAUGUGACGUGCAUUCAAUUCGACCCUCUCAAUGAGAACUACUUCAUGAGUGGUUCUAUAGAUGGUAAAGCUCGGAUUUGGGGAAUAUCCGAAGGGCGAGUUGUGGAUUGGGCUGACGCACGAGAUGUAAUAACCGCCAUUUGCUACCAGCCUGAUGGCAAAGGAAUUGUUGUUGGGUGCAUAACGGGCACUUGCCGAUUCUUUGAGAUGUCAGGCAAUCAUCUCCAGCAAGAUGCAGUUAUCCAUGUUCAAGGUAAAAAAGGGACCUUUGGCAACAAGAUCACUAGCAUUCAGUUUUCUCGGGAAAAUUCUCGAAGGGUAAUGAUUUCGUCAGAAGAUUGCAGACUCCGUAUUUUAGAAGGAACAGAGAUCAUCUCCAAGUAUAGAGGGCAUCCAAAGUCGGUAAAUCAGAUGUCUGCUUCUUUUACUUCGAGCGGCAAUCACAUGGUAUCUACUGGAGAGGAUCGCGUUUACUUGUGGAACUAUAAUGACUUUGGUGUGCCUCCUUCAAAGAGCAUGAAGUCCGUGCGCUCUUGCGAGUAUUUUUCAUCCAAAGGCGUGUCUGUUGCAAUGCCAUGGUCAGGCACACAUAGAGGACCGAAGGACCAAGAAAAUCACAAAAGCAGAUGCUCCUUUUGCGUGCCUGAUCCUAAGGAACCCGGACGUUUUUCACUCGGUAAUUGCUUCUCCCUCGACUGGUCAUGCAUGGGCUCGGCCACAUGGCCCGAAGAGAGGCUUCCUCUAUGCGAAUGUGAAGUUCCAGUCAAGGAAGAAUACCAUGAAUUCGGAAAGCGUCAAGGAGACCAUUUCCCCCUUUCAGAAGCAUGGGGCCUCGUGAUUGUGACCGGAAGCUACGACGGUAAACUUAGAGUUUUUCAUAAUUAUGGACUGCCGGUCAGGCUCUAGAAACUCUUUCCGAUCAGCUCAGGAUGAAACUUCAGUUUGUAUCCGAAAGUAGAGACAGAGAAACUCUGUGAAGUCAAUAGAGCUCAGCAAUUCCAUGUUAUCCUCGUCCAUUCAAAGACGGCUCUGUGCAAAGUGAUCAGAAUAGUCUCCUGCUGUCCAUCAGAGCGAGUUUUGUAAGCUCGUUGAAAGAGGUUACGUAAUUUUCCCUGUAAUUAGCAUUCUUUCUUGGGUAGAGCGAGUUUGUCGGAGCACGGCAGGAAGGAGAUACUGUGUUGUUUCCAGUGUUGGGUAUUCAGCAAGAUGCUUGCUCACCUGUUGGUGCAAGUCACCGAACUUAGCGUUAAGACAGUUGAGUAGUUUGUAUGAGAAAACCGGUUAACCUUA